CAGAUUUCUACUUAGACUUGUCUGCUCGGAAGAUCCGUUAUUUAGCCCACCAAAAUAUUUGUAUGCAUUGAUCGUUCGCUUUUUCGCCUCACAUACUGAUGAUUCUGUACUCAGAUUUUAUACUAGGACAAAAUGCGUAUCCCUCUGACUAUUCUUGUAUGACCAUUAGAUAGCCGCUGAAACGGGUUCGUUCAGAAAUACAGCAACAUAUGGGGAAUGGUAGAGCACAAAACGAACCCAGAUGGUCUGUGUAUGUGUAUGCAUUAUUGCGAUUUGUGUUGUGCUGUAGGUGGUCGGUUUUAUGAAGUGGCGUUUGAAUUAAAAGAAUUAAGUUGUGUGCGUUUUUAUUCUCGAUAAGUUUAAGUACAUAUCAUUUUUUCCAAUGGCAGCAAAUAUUGAUUGGGUAACCUGUGCGGAAGAACAAGAAAAACUGAUCACAAAGGUGGACAGUAUUUCUCUGAAUAAGACUGAUCGGAUCCCUAAUGGAAGUCCGAAGACUGGCAUAGGUGCUGAAGGUGAACCAGAAGAUAAGAAUGUAGAUGAAGCCCCAAUUUCUCCAGCUGAAAGAUCGCUACUGCAGAAAAUCAUCCGGAAAGGUCUGGUAGAAAACAAGAAUGAUAUUGAGGUCCAGCGAAAGGAUCCAACAUCACCUCUUUUUUCUAUCAAGUCUUUUGAAGCAUUGCAUCUAGAUCCACAGCUUUUGAAAGGUGUCUAUGCAAUGGGAUUCAAUGCACCUUCCAAGAUACAAGAGACAGCACUACCAACUCUCCUGGCUAAUCCGGCACAAAACAUGAUAGCCCAGUCUCAGUCGGGUACAGGGAAAACUGCGGCAUUUGUGUUGGCCAUGCUGAGCAGAGUUGAUCCUAAGAAGGACUAUCCCCAGGUGCUGUGUUUGUCCCCGACAUAUGAAUUGGCGAUCCAAACUGGUGAGGUGGCUGCGAAGAUGGCACAGUUCUGCCCAGAAAUUAAAAUACGCUUUGCAGUGCGAGGAGAAGAAAUUCCUCGAGGGACAAAACUGAAGGAGCACAUCAUCAUCGGGACGCCGGGAAAAGUGGUAGACUGGGGUGUGAAGUAUCAGUUCUUUGAUCUAGGGAAGGUUAGCGUGUUUGUCCUUGAUGAAGCAGAUGUAAUGAUUGCCACUCAAGGACAUCAAGAUCAGAGUUUCCGUAUCCACAAAUUGCUGCCACGGAACUGUCAAAUUAUGUUCUUCUCGGCAACAUAUGAGCACGAUGUUAUGGAUUUUGCUGAGGGUAUUGUGUCAAACCCCGUGAUCAUCCGACUGAAGCGGGAAGAGGAGAGUCUGGACAACAUAAAACAAUAUUAUGUUAUGUGUCGCAAUCUGGAGGACAAAUACACCGCCAUCUCUAACAUCUAUGGUGUCGUUACUAUUGGCCAAGCCAUGAUUUUCUGUCAUACACGCAAGACAGCAUCAUGGUUGUCGGAAAAGAUGUCUGGUGAUGGCCAUGCAGUGGCAUUGCUUUCUGGUGAUCUGGCCAUUGAGCAGAGGAUAGCCGUGCUGGAUCGCUUCCGUGAUGGCAAGGAAAAGGUGCUUAUCACAACCAACGUUCUAGCCAGAGGAAUUGAUGUGGAGCAGGUGACAAUUGUAGUGAACUUCGACCUUCCCGUAGAUCUGGCACGUAAGGCAGACUGUGAGACAUAUCUUCAUAGGAUUGGAAGAACUGGGAGAUUUGGCAAGGCUGGACUUGCAAUCAACCUUGUUGAUGGUCCAGAAACACUCGCAGUGCUGAAGCAGAUAGAGGACCAUUUUGGCAAGAAGAUCAACAAGUUGGAUGCAGAAGAUGUGGAUGAAAUUGAGAAGCUCGGCAAGGAAUGAGUGGCAUUGUUAUGAACUAAUUAUGGUGGAUUUAAUGACGUUCAAUAAACGUGAAAGCAAUUGCUUCAUACUAGGAUCAGGCAAACAAAAGUCUUUCCUCUUACUUUGAUUGCCUGUCUGUCCGUUCUGCAUAAAAUGGCAUUGUUCAUUGUGUUGAAAAUGCAAAUGCUGUGCCCUAUCCCACCCAUUUAGUGUGUAUAUAUAUAUAUAUAUAUUUAUAUAUGUAUAUGCACCCUUUUUAUUCCUCCUCCUGUAUCCACUACACACCUUUUCGCGAAAUAAUGAUGAUGAAAGUGGAGUAAUUGUUGGGAUGCCACGGAGAAACCAGGGAAACCCCGGAGGAAAACUCCAUGAUGCCUGGACCAUGGCCUUUCCCAACACAAGUUGUAAAUCUGAGCACCGCCGGGAAUCGAGCCCGGGACCCCAGUAUUGGAAGCCCAGCGUUCUAACCGCUACACCACCGUGGCGGCUAUAUGCACCAUGAUAUUAGGUUCAUGCAGUGUGCUAUUUCUGUGUUGAAUAAAGUGCUUGCCAGUUGGCAGGUUGGUAAUGUUGAAUGGAGAAAUUGCUGUUAUAUUAAAAAGUGUCAGGGAGAAGAAGUUUUUAUUUUUUGUUUUAAUUAUGUUUUAGGAUUACAUGCUGAUAAAAGGCUCUGUUUGAAUUCUGCGGAGCAGUAUCAAUGCAGCAGUCUUCAUAAUAAUAGGUUUUAGGUCCCACACAGGAUCUGACUGCAAUUAAUUGCUACUUAUUUACAAGAUAAACUGAAUAUUCAUUUGUAUAUUUUACAGUUAAUUUUUCUUUUAAAUAUUUACUUCUGUGUACAAAACAAAAGUUUUAAUCACUGGAAAUAACUUUUGGGUUCAGUGCACUGCACUGCACUGCAGAGGUAAUAAAUUAUAUCAAGUAGUUGAAGGAUCGACAAAGUAAUGAUACAUGCCAGUAGACUUAGACGUGCCAUAACUCAAAAAAUGGGAUGCCACUUUUAGCAGAAGAGAAUUUCAUGUUUGGUUUCUGAUUGAUAAAGUAGCACUGAAGUUAUUUUUGUUAAUAAGUAGUUUGUUUUGAUGUUACAGCCAUGGUCUACGCUUAUCUGCGAUCACUCCUGAUCUAUGCAAUGGGCCUGACAAGCUGGCACAUUCUCUUCAUUUCAUGCUGUUGGUUGGAUGUUAAAGAUAGAAGUUUGAGUUUGCUUUAAGAGUACAUGGCAUGUUUAUUGCUCUUGUUUUAUCUGCUUCCUGCAAACUGUAUUGAAAUUCACAGCUGGAGUAAUGAGAUGGAAGUGACCCACUGAUGUCAAGUAGCCAGUGUGGCGGCCCAUACUGCUAUAGACGCGUAUAAACCUAUGGACAAAAGUGACAAGAUGUUACUCCUUUCACGUUUAACAGGUGCACAUAGCUCUAAAAAGUUAAAGUGCUAACUUGUCUUGGAAUAUGUCAAGACUGGCAUGUAAAACUAUUUGUAUUCUGUGUACAAUUUUAUUUGGAAUGUUUUUGGAAUAAAUUAGUUUGAAUUUUUA